AUGUUUUCCCUUCCUUCCCUGUUGGCUGUUGCAGGUGCAGGGACGGAGACAGAGAGGAGGGCCAUGAGCGGAAUACUGAAGAGGAGGUUUGAGGAGGUGGAGGCGUCCUCCUCACCAUGCUCCUCCUUGAGGGAGUCUGAUGACGAGGUCUCCUGCAGCGAAAGCGGGGACAGCAGUGACAGUGUCAACCCCUCAGCAUCGGGCACCUUCACCCGUGAGUCACCUGGCUCCAACACACACAUGCAAGCGCAAGCACAAACACAUGCAUUUACGCACACAGACACGCACAGACACACACUGCUCUCUCUCCCUACACGAAACAGUCAACGAAACAGUCGAAACACUCAUCGAUAUGCUCAACACUGACACAGUCUCAAAAGAACAAACAAAUAGCAUAUUGUACUUUAGUGAAAGAGACAAUCGUUUUUAAUGAAGCAUGUGUCACUCAGAUGUUACUUCUCCAUCAUAAUGUUGCUUUUGUAAUGGAUGUUAGGAAACAUAUCGUCAAUAACACCUUGUGAUGACUGUUAUUCUGAGUUCUGAAGCACAAAAACAACCCACGGCUAGUAGGAAUAUAAUCCAGAUAACACAGUUGAAGAGGAAAUAAAAACAGCUGCAUCAAUGUGUGUGCUUUAACCCUAAAAGCGCCAACAUAUUUGUUGCUUAAAAGCGCCAAAGGGGGUCAAUUUUGACACUCUCUGUCAAGCGGUGACACUUUAGAUUUUAUUAGCUUUUUGUAACACAAGUAAAUGGUUUAAUUUCCCCAAAAUAAGCAUUUAUUUAAAAAAUGUUUCACAAUUAUAUUCAAAUUUGAUGUUUGAAAAUAUGUUUUUGUACGUUUACCAUGCUAUGAACAGAUUUGUAUCCAUUUCUUUCAUAGCCACCUGUUAUGAACAUUUGUCAUUUAUUAAUUCAUAGUGUUGUCUUUCUGUGAUACUCAGAGGCUGAGAAAUUGGUGAUUGAGCUAAUCUGACAUACCGGCAGGACCUAAAAUGGCCACCAUUAUGGGCAAUAUAUGGGCCUAUUGACUUUUUUAUAUAGUGGCUGCCGCGGCCCCCAGGGGCAAAAUCUGGGGUGGCUCCAUAUCUAUAUAUUUUUAGGGUACAUACACUAUAUAUACAAAAGUAUAUGGAUACCCCAUCAAAUUAGUGGAUUUGGCUAUUUCAGCCACACCCGUUGCUGACAGGUGUAUAAAAUUGAGCACACAGCCAUGCGAUCUCCAUAGACAAACAUUGGCAGUAGAAUAGCCUUACUGAAGAGCUCAGUGACUUUCAAUGUGGCACCGUCAUAGGAUGCCACCUUUCCAACAAGUCAGUUUGUCAAAUUUCUGCCCUGCUAGAGCUGCCCCGGUCAACUGUAAGUGCUGUUAUUGUGAAGUGGAAACAUCUAGGAGCAACAACGACUCAGCCGCAAAGUGGUAGGCCACACAAGCUCACAGAACGGGACCGCCGAGUAAUGAAGCGCGUAGCGUAUAAAAAUCGUCUGUCCUCUGGAGCAGUGGAAACGUGUUCUCUGGAGUGAUGAAUCACGCUUCACCAUCUGGCAGUCCGACGGACAAAUCUAGGUUUGCCAGGAGGACGCUACCUGCCCGAAUGCAUAGUGUCAACUGUAGAGUUUGGUGGAGGAGGAAUAAUGGUCUGGGGCUGUUUUUCAUGGUUCGGGCUAGGCCCCUUUGUUUCAGUAAAGGGAAAUCUUAACACUACAGCAUAUAAUGACAUUCCAGACGAUUCUGUGCUUCCAACUUAGUUGCAACGGUUUGGGGAAGGCCCUUUCCUGUUUCAGCAUGACAAUGCCCCCAUGCACAAAGCGAGGUCCAUACAGAAAUGGUUUGUCGAGAUCGGUGUGGAAGAACUUAACUGGCCUGCACAGAGCCCUGACCUCAACCCCAUCGAACACCUUUGGGAUGAAUUGGAACGCCGACUGCGAGCCAUGCCUAAUCGCCCAACAUCAGUACCCGACCUCACUAAUGCUCUUGUGGCUGAAUGGAAGCAAGUCCCCGCAACAAUGUUCCAACAUCUAGUGGAAAGCCUUUCUAGAAGAGUGGAGGCUGUUAUAGCAGCAAAGGGGGACCAACUCCAUAUUAAUGCCCUUGGUUAUGGAAUAAGAUGUUUGACGAGCAGGUGUCCAGAUACUUUUGGUCAUGUAGUGUAUGUCUACCUCUGUGGCAUAUUUGGUGCUUUUAUCACAACGUUUUCUACUGAGUCCACAUUUUCAGCUUAGCCUCGCACCACUAGUAUAGAAAUAUUACUAUUUUUCAUUCCUCCAUAUUAACACAGAAAUCCUGGUAAAUUGUGUUUUUUGUUGUUGUUGGUAACUAGCUGCUUGACAAAGUCCAAAUAUUUAUGAUGGAUAAAAAAAAGGGGGUUAGAAAUUAUGACAUUUUCUACCCCUUUGAGUCAAAAUUGACCCCUGUUGGUACUUUUAGGGUUAAAAGAGGAGAAAAAUGCAUUGUCUGAGCUGAACUAGUGUCUGUGUUCUCAGCUGAGUAACCAUAGGGAGGGCUAUUGGUGUGUCUGUCAGGCUCUCUAAGAAGCUCUGUCGAGUCAACCUGUUCUCUGUUCCAAAGCUGCUUAUUGGAAAGGCUACAGCCAGUUUGGCAGGCACCUCUGAUAAAAAAAGACCUGUGUAUUAGAUUACCUGUAUUUUUCUAUAAGCAGAUAUGAUGCUAUUGGUAGGCAACCUGGGGAAAAUUGGUGGAUGGUUCCUCAGGUGACAGAUCUAUGUUGUGUUUGGUGACAGAUGCAUACAGUAGCCCUUCCCUGGAUUGUUAUGGGUGUGAGUGACAGGGCUCCUCCCUGGGGUGUGUGUGUGUGUGCAUACGUGCUGGUUUAUGUGUGUAUGUGUGUGUGUGUGUGUGUGUGGACCAGGGACCAUGCAACACAACGCAUGGCUCCCCCAGCUUCUCCCCACUAAAGAGGUGCCACAAUGUGUCAGGCUUGCUGCUGACAUGUACAGUAGCAUUGUUUCCUGGAGAAUACAGUACAACCUGUCUUGGGUCACGUUAGAGUUGGAGAAAUAAUCCAGCUCCUCUCCUGGUGUGAUUGCUUUUAGUGGAGCAGUCUUGGAAUUGUGAGGUCUUUGAAAAGGGCUUCUAUGUAUUCUCAAAUAUAUAUUUUUAGACAUGGUUGUAGCAACCCUAAUAGAAAAUGGACAAGAAAUAGGAAGAAAUACAGAGAGAUAUCCAACAAUGUUUGGUAUUGCAAGCUUGAAAACCAUGUGGAUACCCAAAACCCUGAUAAACCUUUUUUCGAGACAAUAAAGCAAAAUUCCAAUCAUGAAGCCAAGACUGGCAACAUUGCCAUGUUGUUAAUGAAUGCAUUGUCCUUAUGGCACAGGGUGGAGAGCUGCUGGAACCAGAUGGUUCCCAUUUGUCCUGUUUGUCUGACCUCAGGUGAGCGCUUGGAAAGCUGUGCUCAACGACUCCAGAUCCAGGCCAGGAGGGGUAUUAUUUAUGCCCUCAGUCUUUGCUUUCCUUUUUCUCCCUCCCUCAAUCUUUCAUCCAUGUAUGAACAAGUAACCCUGCUUCCGCCAUUAUUUAUGUAUGAGUAGGCUAGCUAUCACUGCUUUUUAACGUUCCUUUCACCAUCCACUUCUUCUGUUGUCAUUUGGUCCUCUAGCUGAUUCCAUACUGAAGAGGGAGAAGCGUGUGAGGACGAGGAGGGUGCAUUUUGAGAAUGUGACGGUGUACUACUUCAGCCGGCGCCAGGGUUUCACCAGUGUGCCCAGUCAGGGAGGCAGUACUCUGGGCAUGUCCAACAGACACAGCUGUGUCAGGCAGUACUCCCUGGGAGAGUUUGCCCUGGAGCAGGAGAGGAUCCACAGAGACAUGCUCCGAGACCAUCUGAAGGAGGAAAAAAUCAACUCCAUAAAACUCAAGGUAUUAAAAGAAACGGAAGCUACUGAGCAAAUGAAAUGUACUGUACACAGGGAGAGGAGAUAAUGCAUCAUGAUAUACAGACGGUACUAGAUGUACAGUUGUGACAUAUCAUAUCCUUGUAUAAAUCCAGAACAUUGCAUGUUUUCAACGGCUGACUCUGUAUCCUCUUUCGAGAUGCAGCAUGUCAUUGGUUUCGGCUGGUUGCUUACUCUUCAAACCGGACUGAAUUUGAUCCCCUCUCGUUGGUUUUCAGCUGACUAAGAACGGUACAGUGGAGUCGGAGGAGGCCAACACACUCACGGCUGAGGACAUCUCUGACGAUGACAUUGAUCUGGACAACACCGAGGUGGACGAGUACUUCUUCCUCCAGCCCCUCACCACAAAGAAGCGCCGGGCUCUGCUGCGGACCUCGGGGGUGAAGAAGAUUGACGUGGAGGAGAAGCACGAGCUGCGGGCCAUCCGAUUGUCCAGGGAGGACUGUGGCUGCGACUGCAGAGUGUUCUGUGACCCAGAGACCUGUGCGUGCUGCGUAGCAGGAAUCAAGUGCCAGGUAAAUCCCUGGGUAGUCUGACCCAGACAUACUGACACUGAUGUAUCACUCUAUCCGCUCUGGAAAUAAGCCCCAUAUGCGGCCCUUAGCCUUGAGGCAAAUGCAUUUCAAUAGAAGGGUGAUUAAGUGAUCAAAUAUUUUUGACGCUGUAGAUGAAAGCACUGUAUUAUUGAAAAAGCACUGUAUCAUUUACAGUUGCUUAUCUGAUAUUGCCAAAUGAUUACAUUAAUUCAUCUAUUAUAUGCAAACUGCAGAAUAUAUGGUCAUAUAACCCAAUGUGGUCCAAUCUACAGGUAGACCGCAUGUCUUUUCCCUGUGGCUGUACCAAGGAGGGGUGUAGCAACGCGGCCGGCCGGGUGGAAUUUAACCCCAUCCGUGUACGGACCCACUUCCUGCACACCAUCAUGAAGCUAGAGCUGGAGAAGAGCGAGCAGCAGCAGGCCUCCCCUGCCAAUGGUUACCAUGGCGAAAGCAACGGCCACAGCCACGGCAACCCGCUGGUCCAGACCCAACACAGUCUGGAAUACUCUCUGUCAGACCCAACACUUCAACAGUCUGCCAUCAUGCACCUCCAGACACCUGACGACAUGGAAGAGCCUCUAGAUGAUGAAGAUGAGGAUGAGGAGGACGAAGAGGACAACAGCAGUUUAUGCAGCGGACUGUCUGAUACCAGCACUCAGAGCUUGGCUAACAGUGACUCUGAGGAAGAGGAGGAUGAUGAGGAGGAGAAGUCGAAGGACUUUGAGGAUGGUGUGGGCACACCACCUGUGUCCCACACAGAGGUUGUCCCCCUGUCCUCUGUGUUGUGUUACUCUGACGGCACCGUGCCACAGGACAACCACAUUGACAAGCAUAUGAAUGGAAACUCUUAUUUACUCAGCUCCCCAGCCAAGUAUUAUCAGCAGGAGAACCCCAGUGCUGUUGCUUCUGCCAAUGGGGCGGUCAGCCAACCCAGUGAAAUUUACGGAGAGGCCUUAUCAUUCCCACACCCAGUUAGCACUAGCAACGGGGCCAUGCCACAAGGACCAUUCAACAUGGCCGCCGACAUGGCAGAGCAGUACACAGACUACCCCCACCAGGCUGAGGAACAGUACACCAAUAAACACUUCACCCUGACCAACGGCAGAGCAGCAACCACUGCCAUGGGCUGCUGCACACCUGACCUGGAAAACAACAUGGUCCAAUCUAAAGGAACAUUCCCUGAGCAGCCUGGGGGCCUCUGCCAGAUGGAGUUCCACAACUACCUGAACAAUAAGAGUUCCCAGGAAGUCUACGGUAGUAAUGGGAAGUGUUUUGUGGCAGAGCAGCCAAAGGAAGUGUCUAAUGGUAAUGGUUUGUCUGAAGGGCCUUCUCUAGCCGACAGUACAAAGACCCCUGCAUUAGCAGAGAAUCUCCCCCAGGUCGCACCAGUUUAG